AUGUGUUUCAUCCACCUCCGUUCAUGUGGAUUCCGUCUUUGCAUGUCAUCGGACAGAUUCUUAAAUUCUGGAUCUGAGGACGGCCCCGGUGGUGGUGAUUCCUCAGGGGGACAAUUCUCUGAUGGGGUGCCCUCAUCUGUGUUGCCCCGGAGACUGUUCGCAUAUGGUGCGUACCCGACAAAGUUGCGAGUAAACAUCUACUCAAAAUCACACUUCAUCGGUUCUGUUGUUGUUGCUCUAAAGGGGGCGGAUGCGAUGGACACUUUGAUGGCUUCCCAGUUUUGGGGGCUGUUUCAGCUUCCCGUUGUACGCUGCCAGAACUCUACGAAGCUCAUCGGCUGCCUCCUCAGCCGACAGCUCGUUACGGCUCGCAGACACGAGUUCUGGUUCACCUUCGGGCCCGAUCCACUACGUUUCUCGCUGGAUGAAUUCCGAGACGUUACAGGUUUGAACUGCGGAGCUUUCGAUGUUCAGGAUUCGGAAGCAUCUGAAUCUGUUCCUCCGACGAUGUGGAACAAGCUCUUUGAUACGGCUGUCGGUAAGUUAACAGUCCUGAGUGUACUGUGCAUGUUGGGAAAUGAAUAUCUAGCUGUGGAGAAACGGCUCCCUUUGGCUCUGAUCGCGUUGGUUGAUGGUGUUCUCUGCCCCAGUAACAAAGAUCUUAAACUAACGCCCAGGUACGUUGAGAUGCUGUCAGACGUUGAGAGCUUUUUAGCAUAUCCGUGGGGUCGAGAGUCGUUCUUGACGACCGUGCCGCGUUUCCUGCCUCCCCUUAUUGUCGGACCAGGUGCGAACCCACUGCAAUUGUUCGUAUUUGAUGUUGUGCCUCUGCUAUUGGAGAAAAUUCCCGACGCAGGGAACACCGCCACUUUCAUUGAUUCCCCCGGAGCUUGCUCUUCGCCGUCCACUAUUCUCACAGUCAACGAAAUAGUUGCUGUCGAGGAAGACCCAGACCUCUCUGUCCACUUCACCGUGAUUCCUGAUGAGGAACGGCUACUGUUGGUGGACCAGAAUGAAGAUAGGCAAGUUACUUCUUUGGUGCAGAAGUUGCUUUGUGGGGAAACAUUCAAACCUGAGGACUUUCCAGGUGGUGACCAGUCGUUUUCCCCCAAGUUUAAGGUUCCAGAUGCUGCCCAGGGGGAGGGAGCUUGUCCCACUCCCCGGUUUGAGGGGAUGGAGAACAAUAUUGAAGAGUUGCGGACACUGAUUUGCAAGAGUUUGGGUUUGCCCGAGGGGAGCAAAAGCAACGCUAGGAAGAGGAAAGCGAUGGAUGAUCCGCAGGAAGUGAGCAGGAAGAACCCACCCUCAUCAGAGAGAGAAAGUGGUCACCAGAAUGAUGAUGAUCAUGCAAAGGAAAACGAGUCUGACAAUGCACGUUUUCCACCAUCCGGCGGAAACAAAGGCGAUCAGCGCUGGGGGGAUGGUCAGCAGCAAGAAACACAAUCGAAUGCCCUCGUCCUGUUUGGAGAUGUAUUAGAUGUUGAGCCUGAGUCCUAUGUGUUACCAGCAGAGCAUGCGGUAACCUCCCCGGGGGCGUGGCAGAAAAGAAACCCAACGUACCGGUAUGAGCAAGGCUCCCCAGUCGCAUGGGAGAAAACAAAGCCGAACUGUUACAGUUCGGUUGGUAGUGUACGCUCCUUUCAUCCUUCAUGGGAUGGAAACCCCUCCUCGAAAUCUAAGGAAAGAAGUGCUCCAGAAGGUGGGGAGGGUCAUCAAAAAUGGGUAGGUGCUCCACCGGUGGGCUAUGAGUCCGAUCAAACAUCAAAUCAGAAUGAGGGAGAGGGGCUUGAACAAGUCUCUGCUCCUAUGGGGUUUGUUGAGGCACUUGUGAAGGAGAUCAACUCUGAAAUCCCGGGGGCGGACGAGGGUGCACAGCCAAAAGAAAACGAGUCGGUAGCUGCCCGCAUGACACCAACAGCCGGGAUUGACUUUGCGCAGAAAACGGGUGCCGACAACGGUGGUGAGUCCGGUCAAACACCAAAUCAGAGUGAUGGAGAGAGGCUUGAACAAGUCUCUGCUCCUAUGGGGUUUGUUGAGGCACUUGUGAAGGAGAUCAACUCUGAACGGACGAGGAAAUAA